AUGAACACUGACAGCUUACAGCUCCCUGACUUGACUGCUAUCCAGGCGGCCAGCGUUGCAACUUUGCGACAUAUUCCCAGCGCUGCCACCUUGGACACCGCGGAUGGAAUGAGCAGCUGGGCGCACGCCACAGUGACUGGCCGAGCCACUCUUCUCUCGGAAGCAUCUAUCGGCGGGCGCGCAUUCUUGAAUGUCGUGCCUGCUGGCCGCACGCGUAUGGAACCGGCUGUCUUCAUUUGUGAACUUCGAGUGCGCCUUCGCAUACCCGACGCUUGGUGCCCCUUGUGCAAUGCAGUACUCCAUCACCAUACCCACCACGCUGGAAUGUGUGUGGCUGGAGGCGAACACAUUCAGCGACACCAUGCGGUGCGGGAGUUGGUUCACAGCUGGGCGCACCGGGCCGGGCUUCGCUCUGAACGCGAGAAGGCUGGCUUGCUCCUGCCCAGCAACCCGGAAGAAACCGGACAAGCCAAUCGAAGGCCAGCCGAUCUGUACCUGCCCGCCUCUGCCGGGUCUCCUGUUGCCUUAGAUUUCGCCAUCGCCACUGCGACAGGAGACCUUGGCUCAGGCGAGUCGGCACACUGGGGCUGCAGCCGCUGCUUAUGCUCAGCACAAAGAACUCCACUCGGACACCGCUCAAGCGUGCGCGGCAGGGGUCAAGUUCAUGCCCAUGGUGGCUGA